GAGCAUCGGAAUAAAGACAGAACGAACUUGAAAGAGAGUUUUCAGCGAACAUUAAGAUUUCUAAGACUAUUCAACAAAGGGAAUACAUUUGAGAAUUAAAGAAGAAAUAACGGGACAACGAAGCUCUGAUAAUCAAGGAGUUUCUUCAACUUAUCCAUCUGUGACUUAUUUAUUUUAUUUUAUUCAGGUCGGUAAAUUCUAAUCAUAAUAUUUUCUUCGAAUAACAUGUAUUAUAAGCUUUUUAUUACGUUUUUAUAAUUGGACUGUAAUCUUGAAAAGUGUCUAAAUGACAAUACAUAUUUAACUGUGUUUCUACCUUCUGGUUUACACAGAUUUCUGAGGUUUCAAGAUGAAGCUGACAGGAGUCUUUCUCCUUUUGGUGCUUUGGAAUUGUGAGGGCAGCAGGGUGGCAGGUUAGUUUUUGGAAAUGUUAUAUUAAAUAUAUAAAUAUUAAAAUCAAUAAUUAAAUUAUUCUGUUAAAAGUUCUGGCAAUAGUUUAUCUGUGAACUCGAAGUUGCCCAUAGAGACUCACUACAGUUUCUCCCUUCACAGAGAGUAGAGAUGAUAACAGUGUAUACGACCUAUUCGAGCUUGUGAAAGUGAACAAAAGGCACCAAGGAGUUACCUUGGUAAAAGGCGCAGAUCCUUACAGCCCAGCCUAUAAGGUCCUGAACGCAGACCUGAUCCCCCCGGUUCCCGAGAUCUCCUUCAGGGACCUCAUUGAUUCGAUACAAGCUGAGAGGGGAUUCCUUCUCCUGGUCAACUUCAAGCAGUUCAAGAAAACCAGGGGCAGUCUUUUGACUGUGGAGAAGGAUGACGGAUCAGGACCGUUAUUCGAAAUAAUUUCUAAUGGCAAGGCGCAAACUCUGGAUGUGGUAUACUCCACCGGGAACAAGCAACAGGUAGUGUCCAUAGAAGAUGCGGAUCUGGCGACCGGACAUUGGAAGAAUAUCACGCUGUUCAUUCAGGAGGAUCGUGCCCAGCUGUUCGUGGGGUGUGAAGAGAUCAAUAUAUCAGAAAUGGAUGUGCCCAUCCAAAAGGUCCUGACGCAUGAGGUUGCCGACAUUGCCCGUCUGAGGAUCGGAAAAGGAGCUGUGAAAGAUAGAUUUAUGGUAAAUAUGAAUUGAUUUAUGAGGUCAUAAAUACAUUGCAAAUAAUGUUGUAAUUAUAUACAAAUAAAUGUUACACUUCUGAAGUUAUAGCCUAGUCUGAGUAGGCCUAAACUUGUCCGGAGGCUAUCGCGCACAGCGCAGCGUUUUGUGCGCGAGGAUAGUCACACUCACAGGGAUGUAGCCUAAUAUUUGACGUAAAACUUAUAAUAGGCUAUUAUGAUCCCUUAGGAAAUGUAUUGAAGAGAUGUAAAUGUGUGAAUAUGGAAUAACUCUAAAUGGAAUGUGUACAUCUGCAGGGAGUGCUUCAGAACUUGCGCUUCGUUUUUGGAACCACUUUGGAGUCGAUUUUACGCAAUAAGGGAUGCCAAAGCUGUAAGUGUGAAUUACAAAAUAUAAACGUUAUUUUUGCAUUUAAAUGUUGGAAUUACUGUGUAAGUACAUGUUAUCCAAUGCUUGUUAAUUGUCCAAAUCUAAAUGCAUUCCAUUACCAAAUAGAAUUACUAGUAAUUAUAUUGCUAUGGUCAUUAAAGUCAAUUCACAGUGAGUGUUAUUAUGUUGUUCAUGGAAAUUCAUGUGUCUGUUCUUCUCCAGCUGCAACUUUGACUGAUGUCAUGACCCUGGACAACCCAGUAAAUGGGUCCAGCCCAGCAAUAAGGACUGAUUACACUGCCCACAAAACCAAAGGUGAGACCAGACUUCACUCUCCAUGGACAAAGUCAUUUGCUUAUACUUGUCUGUGUGCAACUGUUAAUGUGAAGGAGGUAGGUAACUAACUGAUUGCUUUUCUCCUCUCCAGAUAUUCAACAGGUCUGCGGCUUUUCCUGUGAGGAUAUCGCCAGCAUGUUCAAGGAGCUCAAGGGAAUCGGUGUGGUUGUUAAGCAGCUGUCAAAUGAGCUCAACAGAGUGGUAAGCACAGAAAGCAGCUUGUCCGCGCACUAUCAUCCUGUCUCCCUCCCUCUCUAGUCUAUCUGUUCCCAGUUAAAACCUCUCCACUUCACAGCCACUUGUCCCCGGAAUGGCAUCCCCUGCCAAAUCCCUAAUGACUCCCAUAUGAGUACACAGAUAUGUUUGGCUGUCAUUUAAUUUGUAUUUGCUUCAGUUAAAUCAAGCUAUGUUUUAAUCACAAUGUUGGUAGGUGAUUCAUUUCUACUGGAACCUUGGCUAUGUAAAAGUUUCCAUCCUCGUGUCUGAAACCAUGCUCCUCUCUCUACCUCCCCUCCUGUGUGCAGAAUAAGGAGAGCACUCUGCUCAUGAACCAGAUGAACAUCCACAGUGGGGUCUGUCUUCACAACGGCAUUGUGCACAAGGACAAAGAUGAGUGGACCGUGGACGACUGCACAGAGUGUACCUGCCAGGUAGGUGUCAUCACACUUGUUGGAAUGCAGUUAUCCAGUCAUCAAGGCAGUAGUAAACUAUGUGAAAACCAGGCAGUAGCUCCUAAACCCCUUCUGUAAUAAGGUGCUAAUGGGCUCUUAUGUUUAUAGACUUAACCAAAGCCCAUGUGUGACCAGGCAGUGUCCGUUUGCUAGCCAUCACCUCACCACUAAUGAGAUGUUAGAGAGAAUAGCAAUAAAGCAGUAGGGAGUGGGGGGUGGGGUUAUUGUAGUUAUCUAUUUGGCUAGGUAUCAAGAAUGUGUCUUUAAUUAGGACAUUUGCUGAGACCCUCUGUUCUGCCUUUCCUACUGCCACUAUCCUUCCCUCCAGACCCCCGGCACCUUGCUUGUCCUGAACCCAGUGCAGGUGCACUGAACUGGGGUGGUAGCAUAGCAGGGAUCCCCCUGCCCUAGCCAGAGACCAUCCCAAUGUUCCCAAACAUUGCAAUUAGUCCUGGCAAAGCAGCAACCGCUUUUGCGUAAUGCAAAGUUAAUGGUCCAGAUUAUUUUCCCUUGCUGUUACCGGACAGUCUGCUCUGGAGACAAACCCUUUACUAAUCCCACCAAUCCUCUCUACAGAACUCUGCCACUGUGUGUCGCAAAAUCUCUUGCCUCCUGAUGCCCUGUGCCAAUGCCACCGUGCCUGAUGGAGAGUGCUGCCCACGUUGUGGAACCCGUAAGUACUCUUCUAGUGUUGAAACCAAGCCUAGGCUGUAAUAGUAUUGUAGUACUUUUUUGCGAGGUGGACUUGAGCUAGAAGUUGAACUUUUUCGACAACCUGCCUAUCAGGUGUAUUUUAACUUGCCAAAUGUCAUCCAUUUGACAUUUCAUUAACAUUUCUCAGUCCUUCACAUUCCCUGAGUACACCUUGGAAUGCCAGGUCUCAAAUCUCCAAGCUAAAUUGAUUCUAAUAGGCCCCGUUCUUUACAAAUCCUUUGCCCCCCUGGCUGAGCUCUGCGGUGGUAAUAGCUCUCCCAUUAUCUCUCUGCCCCCAGCGAGUGACUAUGCUGAGGAUGGCUGGUCCCCCUGGUCUGAAUGGACCCAUUGUUCUGUGUCUUGUGGACGGGGUAUCCAGCAGCGAGGCCGCUCCUGCGACCGCAUCAACAGCAACUGCGAGGGCACCUCUGUGCAGACCCGCGACUGCUACCCUCAGGAAUGUGACAAGCGUUGUAAGUAAACCUACCAUUUCUACUCUACAGUCUCUCUCAGUAACAUCCCUCUCAUAUGUACUGUAAUAGCAAAUUAAUGAAUAAUUACGUGUCUGUUCUCUACAGUCAAGCAGGAUGGUGGCUGGAGCCACUGGUCUCCCUGGUCCUCCUGCUCUGUGACCUGUGGUGAGGGAGUCAUCACCCGCAUCCGCCUCUGCAACUCCCCCACUCCCCAGAUGGGAGGCAGAGACUGCCAAGGACAGGGCCGAGAGACAGAGGUCUGCCAGAAAUCACCUUGUCCAAGUAAGUAGAAGAGCAGCAUCUAAACACAUGUACCUAUCUAUCCAUCUGUCUGGAGAUACAGGUGUAUCUCAUCUCUCUCUCUCUCUGUACUUUAGUUAACGGAGGCUGGGGACCCUGGUCUCUGUGGGACACCUGCUCUGUCACCUGUGGAGGUGGACUCCAGACUCGCCAGCGUCUCUGUAACAACCCCGCCCCCAAGUACAGAGGGAAGGAAUGUCAGGGUGACACCAAAACAUCCCAAUUGUGUGGCAAAGAGGACUGCCCUAUCAGUAAGCAUUUUAUUAAUAGGGAUGGGAUUUGUUAUUUUUACCUAACAGUGUACAAAUCUAAUAUUGUUCAGUAUUUAAAAUCAAUUUGCUUCUGUCUACAGAUGGCUGUCUGUCCAACCCCUGCUUUGCUGGAGCUAAGUGUACCAGCUUUGACAAUGGUUCCUGGAAGUGUGGCUCAUGCCCAGUGGGCUACACCGGAGACGGCAUCAACUGCAAGGACAUCGACGAGUGCAAGGAGGUCCCUGAUGCGUGCUUCACACUCAACGGAGUCCACCGCUGUGAGAACACUGAUCCUGGCUACAACUGCCUUACCUGCCCCCCUCGCUACUCAGGACCACAGCCCUUCGGGAGGGGAGUGGAGCAGGCCACAGCCAAGAAACAAGUGAGACAGCUUUGACUAACACGACAAAAUACAAGAAUGUGAGGAUUUGUUUUUAUUCUGAUGCUAGGAGCUCAGAAGCACAUCUUAACUCUACAUAUCUCUUGCUUCCCCCUAGGUGUGCACACCCCGUAACCCCUGCCAAGAUGGCAGCCAUGAUUGCAACAAGAAUGCUAACUGUAUCUACCUGGGUCAGUUCAGCGACACCAUGUUCCGCUGUGAGUGCAAACCUGGUUACGCUGGCAACGGCCACAUCUGUGGAGAUGACACCGACCUGGAUGGAUGGCCCAACAAAGACCUCCUGUGUGUGGAGAACGCCACCUACCACUGCAAGAAAGUAGGAAGGAUCCCACCCCCAGCACUGCACACAGUCUAUUCCUAGCUUCUCCACUGUGUUAUUGUGGUUAUGGCUCUCUAACCAACCCUUUUGUUGUUGCAGGACAACUGUCCAAACCUUCCCAACUCUGGGCAGGAGGACCACGACAAAGAUGGGCUUGGUGACGCUUGCGAUCACGAUGAUGACAACGAUGGGAUCCCUGAUGAUAGGGUGAGACAUCAAAACAUCCUCUCUCUCAGGACUUUGUUAUCCACAGAGAAACCAAACAUAGCACUCAGUAGGCAUUUCUCUUCUAGGCUAGAGAAAGUGGAGGAGUCAGGGAGAAAUAUGAGAAAUAAUAUCAUUUCGGGCAUGUGGCCAAAAGUGCAAAACAGCAUGGCUUUAUGCCCAUAAUUCAUAGUGUGCAUGCUGUAAAUAGGCCAGGGAGAAAUCAAAUAAAAAUCAAAUAAAAAAAUGUAUGUGGUAAGCAAACACUAGCUUUCUUAGUGAAAUAUCAGAUUCCAGCACAAUCACUUACACACUAGCCAGCUGUAAAGACUUUUUCCCAUUUCCAAUACAAUAGCCUAUCUAAUACUGUAUGUUCAAUGUACUAAUAGGACAACUGCCCAAUGGUCUACAACCCCGCUCAGUAUGAUGUGGACACAGAUGACGUUGGUGAUCGCUGUGAUAACUGUGUGCAUGAGAGCAACCCUGACCAAGUCGACACAGACAACAACAGAGAGGGGGAUGCCUGUGCUAUUGAUAUCGACGGUGAUGGUAAGAGAUCAUCACUCCUCCAGCAUCAGACAAUGAAAUCUCUCAGUGCUGUCAGUCAUUAUCAAAGUCCUUGUUAAAAGGUAUCAUAGACUGAUGUAAGUGUGUGUUCACUUCGCAGGUAUUCUAAAUGAGAGGGAUAACUGCCCCUAUGUCUACAAUGUGGACCAGAGAGACACUGACGGGGAUGGAGUGGGAGACCACUGCGACAACUGCCCUCUUGAGCACAACCCAGACCAGGUAACUGCAGCUUUUAUCUUCUAAUACAUAAGACCCAAUCUUAUCAAAUAUCUUAGAGGGAUGUAGAACUUUCAUAGGCCCCCCGCCUCUUAGGACAGUAGCCAUAGAUUGCAUCUGUGGUCAGUUUUAAUGAAAGACAGGAAUGUGAAAGCUGGGAGAAAAAUGAGUGCAAUACUCCUCCUCCCCUUAUUCAUUCCCCCCUUCUGAAGAGAUAUGAAUGUGUGUGUGUGUGUGUGUGUGUGUGUGUGUGUGUGUGUGUGUGUGUGUGUGUGUGUAGUCUUGCCAAGAUGCAAGGACACAGGAUUCUUGUUUGAAGAGACAUUGCUAGCAUACCUGAAGACAAGGGGGUACAUUUAAGGAUGAGGGGAAAUAAUAGCACCUCUCAUAUUAAGGGAGAUGAGUGGUGAAAUACAUUCAUCAUGUCUGAGAGCAUUGAAGUAGUGAGAAGUUUAUCUUAUACAAGUGUGUAAGAAUGUGCUUUUGUGAAGACUAAAUUAAUUGUGUUGUCCUCCAGAUUGACUCUGACUCAGAUCGUGUGGGAGACAAGUGCGACAACAACCAGGACAUUGAUGAGGACGGUCACCAGAACAACUUGGACAACUGUCCCUAUAUCCCCAAUGCCAACCAGGCCGACCACGACAAAGACGGCAAGGGUGACGCCUGCGACCACGAUGACGACAAUGACGGUAUCCCUGACGACAAGGACAACUGCAGGCUGGCCUUCAACCCUGACCAGCUGGACUCUGAUGGUGAGCCACACUCUCCAGUAGCUCUAUCAAACAUUGGUGCCAUUCAACUGACCUAUAGAACGAUUCAUCUAGAAAGAUACAGUACGCUCUACAGAAAUGCAGAGUCACAGAGAUUAACAUAGGGUCAGCCUGUUGUCUCCAUGCAGAAAUGUCUAAGUGUUUUUCUCUGCCUCCUCCUGUCAGGUGAUGGUCGUGGAGAUAUUUGCAAAGAUGACUUUGACCAAGACAACAUACUUGAUAUAUACGAUGUGUGCCCUGAGAACUUUGCCAUCAGUGAGACGGACUUCCGCAGGUUCCAGAUGGUACCACUGGACCCCAAGGGCACCUCCCAGAUCGACCCCAACUGGGUGGUCCGCCACCAGGGCAAAGAGCUGGUGCAGACUGUCAACUGUGACCCUGGCAUCGCUGUUGGUAUGUACUGUAACAAUAAUAUAACACCUUUGGAACUAAGGAAAACAACUACAAAAAUAACUACCAUUUGUAGAUCAUGGGUCCAUUGAGGAAAGUCCUAACCAUCUCUCUUUGUUGUCUAUAGGGUUCGAUGAGUUCAACGCAGUGGACUUCAGUGGAACGUUCUUCAUCAACACAGACAGGGAUGAUGACUACGCUGGCUUUGUGUUUGGCUACCAGUCCAGCUCCAGGUUCUAUGUGGUGAUGUGGAAGCAGAUCACACAGACCUACUGGUCCCACACCCCGACUAGAGCUCAGGGCUACUCCGGAGUGUCCAUCAAAGUAGUCAACUCCACCACAGGACCUGGGGAGCAUCUGAGGAAUGCCCUUUGGCACACUGGUGACACUGCUGGACAGGUACGCUUAGCUUCACUCCACAUUAAGAGCACAGGCCAUAUCUAAGAGCAGUGAGAGAGAAAACCACUGGGCAGGAAACAUUUCUCAUGUCUUUUUGUUAUUCCUCCUCUUAGGUGCGUACUCUGUGGCACGACCCCAAGAACAUCGGCUGGAAAGACUACACCGCCUACAGAUGGCACCUGAUCCACAGGCCCAAGUCUGGACUCAUCAGGUGAGCUCAGAUUACCUUUAGCUCUGAAUGUCCUCCGCCUUUACCGAGGCCACACAAACUCCUGCUUUCAUGAGCUAAUGAUCUCAUGUCAUCUUCCCUCCUUUUAGAGUUGUGAUGUAUGAAGGCAAGAGAAUCAUGGCUGAUUCUGGAAAUAUCUAUGACAAGACUUAUGCUGGUGGAAGACUAGGCAUGUAUGUCUUCUCUCAGGAGAUGACAUACUUCUCAGACCUCAAAUACGAAUGCAGAGGUAAGAUGCUUUUUAUUAAUGUUUUGGCAAACAAAAUACAUACUAGCUCACGCCCUUUGAGUCUGAAUUCUUACAGGGAUUUAACAGAUUUUUUUCCUUCUCUUUUUCCUCCAGAUUCU